GAAUCAUUCAAUAUCAUCCAAUAUGCGUCUUUUUCAAUCAAAUAUCAUCCAAAUAUAUGUCUUUCUUACCUUUAUCAUCAAUAUGUCACCUCAACUCUGUGAUUUCACCAUCAACAAGAUUGUACACCUUCUUAAGAAUGAUUAUAUAUCUGCUGAGAUCAUGUGAAGCAUUGAUUAUCAUCUGUGUAUAUUGAAUUCAAUGAAAUCUUCACUGCUUUGAAACUGCUAGAGAAUGUCAAAGAUCAUAUCAGAUAUCUCUUCAAUUCUGAAGAGAUUUGAUGAAGAUUUUGAAGCUUUUUUUUGCAUCAUACAGUUGAGAACUUCAUAAGAGAAAAAGAUAUAAAAGAAUAUUUCAGAUCUACUUAUAUAGAAUAGUAUUAUAAUAAUUAGAAAGAUUCAGAUUACAAUUCAUUAUAAUAUAAAUUUAGAAGUGAAAGCAGUAUGAGAUCUGUUCUCAUCACUAUAAAUAGUGAAUAAAGAUGAUUUGAAUUUCUGCAAUUUUGUCUGUUAUAAUGGACUUUUUAACUCAUCUCUUAUAAUUUGAAAUAUACUCUUGUCAAUAUUCAUAUGAAGCAACUGUUCCCUUGUCAAUCAAUUGAAGUAUUCAUCAAAUUGAGGUAUUGGACUGCUUUGAAUUGGAGAUGGAACAGCGGAUUCGAUGGAAGAUUUCAACGGCGGAUUCGAUGGAAGAUUUCAACGGCGGAUUCGAUGGAAGAUUCAACGGCGGAUUCGAUGGAAGAUUUCAACAGUGUAUUCGAUGGAAGAUUUCAACGGCGGAUUCGAUGGAAGAUUCAACGGCGGAUUCGAUGGAAGAUUUCAACGGCGGAUUCGAUGGAAGAUUCAACGGCGGAUUCGAUGGAAGAUUUCAACAGUGUAUUCAACGGUGGAUUCGAUGGAAGAUUUCAACAGUGUAUUCGAUGGAAGAUUCAACGGUGGAUUCGAUGGAAGAUUCAACGGUGGAUUCGAUGGAAGAUUUCAACAGUGUAUUUGAUGGAAGAUUCAACGGUGGAUUCGAUGGAAGAUUUCAACAGUGUAUUUGAUGGAAGAUUCAACGGUGGAUUCGAUGGAAGAUUUCAACAGUGUAUUCGAUGGAAGAUUCAACGGCGGAUUUGAUGGAAGAUUCAACAGUGGAUUUGAUGGAAGAUUUCAACAGUGUAUUCGAUGGAAGAUUCAACGGUGGAUUUGAUGGAAGAUUCAACAGCAGAUCUGAAUGUGGAUGAUAAUGAGAUUGUGAAUUCAGUUCUUCUAUUCCUUUCAUCAUAUAUUUCAUCAUCAUCACAUUGAUUAUCUCACUUGAGAAUGUCAUAUUGAAUGAAGUUGAAGCUGCCAGAGCUGAAGAAGGGAAUAUAAUCACUGACAUUUGAGAGAUCUGUAUAGAAGAAUUGAUUGUAGAAAUUAUAGAUUCAUUCUUCUGAUUCUUCUUCUUCUUUCUACUCAUUAAUCAUUUUGUCAUCUCUCUUAUUCUUUAUCUCAUUGAUAAUCACCUGUUCAUACAAUCUGUAUGAGAUAUCAGACUCAGGUGUAGGGAUUCAUGGAUAUCAAGGAUCCUCAGACUGAGUCUCUAUAUUCUUCUCA